ACCCAAGGUGUGAGUGUGUGACCCCAUAUUAGUUAUCAGCCUCAUUCUAAUCCGGCAUUUGUAGUGCCGGUUCAGAGAAAUGUCAGAAUAAUAGCCAAACCCGGAUCCACCAAAGUUAGCCAUGAAUCCCGGAUUGGGGUGAUUUGGACGAUUCUGGCAUUUUUAGUGUCGCAAAUGUGUUCGUUAAAAAAAAAAAAUCAAUAAUAUAUUCCAUUCCAUUCAUAUUCUCUGAUUGCUUAACAUCACUUUGUUAUCCAUUUAUCAUUACUUACUUGUAUUCUCUCACGCAUAUCACUUGCACUUGGCAUGGUUGGCUUCAGGGGUUUUUAUUAUUUAUUUAAUACUAUCGAUUCUUGUAGGAGUAACUUUUAUGUUUUGAUCAUCGGCUCACUACUAUUCUUUCUUUUAUUUUCACAGUUGGCUUCUCUAGACAUACACGUAUCUAUGUGACAACCUUCCCACCUUAGAAGAAGAGGAGGAUGAUGGUUAAUAACAUUGUUGAAUCCAACAACAUGAUGGAGGAGGAUUCUCCUUUAUCUAUACAACAUUAUUAUGGCUUCCCUGUUGAACCCCCCCCUCCUUCUACAGUCGUUACUCAUUUCUGCAAACAGAAACUCUUUCUUCUACACUUCAAUCUAACAAUUCCAAGGCAAAUUAUGACUCUUGACGAAAAAUACCUUCGCCGCUGCCUUCAGUCCAUUCAUAUGACCGCCAAUGUCUCAACAGAUUCGCCUCUAGUUGCUGCUGGAGCUAGUUGUGAUGCUUUGUUUUCAUUUUCAUCAAAACAAGAAAAUGCAGUCAAAGGCUCUUCUCCCAUUGUUGGUUCCAUCACAGGUAGCACAAGCAUCAUAAAUCUUUUAAACAGUUCUUUACUGCGCCAUUUACCCAUCCCCGACGAUGAUAACCCGAGGGCAAUCCAGGGUACGAACUCUUUGCCUGCUGUUUCAUCACAGGAUACACAAAUGAAAAGGAUACUACCCGAAGAUCAUAUUUAUGGAUGCAAUAAACGGCUUGUUUCGUUUUCUAGUACAAAUUCAACCUUCUCUGAUCCUCCUUCUUCAUCGACGUCUUCCAGUGCCUACUGUCAAGGUAUGCUCCAUUGCUUUUGGAACAACGGGUUUCCCUGUUAUGUUUUCUCCGUAGAGGACCAGAAACAAGCCUAUACAACACAUCUUUCCAAACUCGGGCCCGAUUAUAUGUACAAGUUUUAUUCUAGAGCUGGAAAGAGGGAAACUCAAUUCCAUGAUCAAGAGUCGGAUCUUAUUGGUAAUAUGCGGGUGUCUACCUCUUUCACACCGUGUUCACCUGAAACAGAAAUUAUGGAGACUCAGUUUAUUCUAUGUGGGACUGAUCAUCAUCGUGAAGGGGGUUCGAUAAAUCAGACGGUUAAGGAGACCAAGGGGCUGACAAAGAAGGUGUCAAGCAUUUUAAAAGGAUACCAUAAUAGGAGAAAGACAUCCUCUAUGUUUGAUGGGUCAGUUGCAAUACAAGACAACUCUUUUGAGUCAAGCAAUGAAGGUAAUCUCUCUUCAGAAUCCAGCUUUCCUUCAAAUCUUGAGUUAGCCGCCAUUAUUCUGAAAGAUCAUAUUCCCUACGCUGAAAAGAAGGUGGAAGUUGGGGGGUGGGGGUUUAAAUUUCUCAAAGAAAGCGGGCACAUACAAAAGUAUGCGACACAAUCUGUAUUUUGUAGGCAAGAUGUCAGUCAGCAAUCUAGUAGUUUGGAUGUUAUUGUACCCACAGGUAUUCACGGUGGGCCCAGAACAAAAAUUGGUGGCCCUUCGAGUCUUGUUGAAAGGUGGAGGACUGGUGGCUUUUGUGACUGUGGUGGUUGGGAUAUCGGUUGCCCACUAACAAUGCUCAACGCUGGCCCAAAUAACAAUCAAGUCUUGCACCAAGUUGGUGGUGUUUUUGGGAGGAGCAAUUCAUUUGAGUUAUUUACACAGGGUUCUAAGCAAAGUCCACCAGUUUUAGAGUUGGCUAACAUUCACGAUGGUUUGUAUUGUAUACAUUACCAACCAACUCUGUCUGCUCUGCAGUCUCUUUCGAUUGCUGUGGCAAUCAUUCAUAGUCACAGUCCCACCCUCAAACCUAAAGUAUAUAGAAAUUGAAAUAGUUUACUCUUCUUUUAUAACUACUAAUAAUGAUAGCUAUGGAGAAACUUAAAUGAUGCAUGAUUAGAAUUUGUUUGUUUCUUCCUAGUUGAGCUUCUUGUAGAGAGGGUUGUAUACUUGCAUACUUGGAUAGAUGCGAGGUUCCAAUGCAGAUUCCUAUAGGAGUCAAUUGGAAUCCCUUGUUUUUUGUAGUAUCGAAAGAUUAUGAGUUAUGGAUAAAGUGACCGUGUAGCUUUGUAUUACUUAUGCUCCUGUUCAUCUUGGAAGAAAGGAUAAUAUUAUUUACUGAUUCACAUGAUUUUAUA